AUGUCCAGCAUGAAAAAAGAAAACACGGGCGUGCGCAAGCCAUGUCCCAAGUCAAAGAGACGAUGGAUCGAUCAGGACGAAGAAAGCGCGUCGAAAAUUCUAGUCCACCAAGGCGGACUGUUGAGAAUGGCAAAGGCCGUUAUCGAUGUGGCAAAGGCCGUUAUCGAUGGUGCGGAGGAGGACGUUGACGGCUUGUUGGAGGAAGUCGUUGACGACAAGACGGAGUUGGCCAUGCAGGUGGUGUACGGGAGCAGUAGCAGCGGCGCCGUGUCGAAAAGCACGUCGGCGUAUCCACCCGUGCCGCGGCACGCCAUUAACAGUUCGUGGAAAAAGGUACCAUUAGCUCCCGUGCUGACGGUGAGUGUGUCCCACGACGUUGUGACGUUGGUAUGGGACGAGCGGGCGUCGGCGUCGAUGCGUCCCAAAUACGCGCGCGUCGAAGGCUACGAGCUGUUUGGAUACCGCGGCGACAUGCCGGUGUCGGGCGACGAGUGGAAGAAGAUAAGGUACUUCAAAGCUGGCCAGUUGCCAAUGAAAUGCAAGUUGGUGUACCGGAGGAAGGACGUCGUCCACAACUACGCGGUGCGCGCGGUAGACGUACACAACAGAUGCGCCCCCUGCGCAGUCGUGCAGACGGUACCCCGUCGGGGAUUUGAAUAA